AACGUUCGCUCUUCAGGCCCGGGGAACGAGCAGGAGUGUCGGUGCUGUCACGGGCCGACGCGCACCGCCUGGGAGGCUCCGAGGGAGGGCACUCAGGCCCUGUGAGCGGUGUCCCUAUCGGCGGCGCUAGGACCCCGUGGGGAGCGGCGGGGGCGGAGCGGGCGGCACCAGGACCCGGGGGAACCUCGGCGGGUAGGCGGCGAGCAGGCCCCGGGGCCCGGAGGCUGCGGGCGGCGGCGCAGGGCCCGGCGCGGCGAGAGUCCCGGAGAUGCCGAGCAAGAAGAAGAAGUAUAACGCGCGGUUCCCGCCGGCGCGGAUCAAGAAGAUAAUGCAGACGGACGAAGAGAUUGGAAAGGUGGCGGCGGCUGUGCCUGUCAUCAUCUCCCGGGCGCUGGAGCUCUUCCUGGAGUCGCUUUUGAAGAAGGCCUGCCAGGUGACCCAGUCCCGAAACGCCAAGACCAUGACCACAUCCCACUUGAAGCAGUGCAUUGAGCUGGAGCAGCAGUUUGACUUCUUAAAGGACCUGGUAGCAUCCGUGCCUGACAUGCAGGGGGAUGGGGAAGACAACCACAUGGACGGGGACAAGGGUGCCCGCAGGGGCCGGAAGCCAGGCAGCAGCAGCCGGAAGAAUGGUGGGAUGGGAAGCAAAGGCAAAGACAAGAAGCUGUCGGGGACAGAUUCGGAGCAAGAGGAUGAGUCUGAGGACACUGACACUGAUGGGGAAGAGGAGACACCGCAGGCCCCACCCCAGUCCAGCCACCCCCCUGCCCACUUUCAAAGCCCCCCAACACCCUUCAUGCCCUUCACCUCGACUCUGCCUCUGCCCCCAGCACCCCCGGGCCCUUCAGCACCUGAUGCAGAGGACGAAGAGGAUUAUGACUCCUAGCGCCCUCCACCCCCCAGGCCACACCCCCUUUUAGUUGAUUUUAGUUGUUCUGGGGGGAGGAGAGCUGUUCUUAAAUUUAUUAAAAAAAUAAAUAAA